ACGCGCGUAGGACAGAGCCUCGUUCUUCCCGCUUCCUCCUGCCCCUCCCGCCUCCCCACCCGGACCCUCUCUCAGCCUCCCUUUCCUUCUCCCCCCACCCCCUCGGAAAAUGGUUCCUGCAGCUGGGCGAGAUCUAUACAUCUCAUGAUUGAUGGGAAGAAACAAAUCAUGGGCCAAAGGUCAAGAUACUUCUCUGAGAAAUGCUGCUGCUGAUGCUGCUUUAUAAAGUCCUACAAUGAGUGUUUGGUUUGAGAAAGAUUUUUGUAUUUAAGAGAUUUUCAUCUUGGAAGUAUAUCAAGUGAAAAUUAGAUUCAUUUGGGAAACAUUUUCCUCCUAAUAAAUUAUACUUAUAAUGGGCGACAUGGCAAACAACUCAGUUGCAUAUAGUGGUGUGAAAAACUCUUUAAAGGAAGCUAAUCAUGAUGGAGACUUUGGGAUUACACUUGCAGAACUGCGGGCUCUGAUGGAGCUCAGGUCCACAGAUGCAUUACGAAAAAUACAGGAAAGCUAUGGAGAUGUCUAUGGAAUUUGUACCAAGUUGAAAACAUCUCCCAAUGAAGGUUUAAGUGGAAACCCUGCAGAUCUGGAAAGAAGAGAAGCAGUGUUUGGAAAGAACUUUAUACCUCCUAAAAAGCCAAAAACCUUUCUUCAAUUAGUAUGGGAAGCAUUACAAGAUGUCACUUUAAUUAUAUUAGAAAUUGCAGCCAUAGUGUCAUUGGGGCUUUCUUUUUAUCAACCUCCAGAAGGGGAUAAUGCACUUUGUGGAGAAGUUUCAGUUGGGGAAGAAGAAGGUGAAGGCGAAACCGGCUGGAUUGAAGGAGCUGCAAUCCUCUUGUCAGUAGUGUGUGUGGUAUUAGUGACUGCUUUCAAUGACUGGAGUAAGGAGAAACAGUUCAGGGGUCUGCAGAGUCGAAUUGAACAGGAACAAAAGUUCACCGUCAUCAGGGGUGGUCAGGUUAUUCAGAUACCUGUAGCUGACAUUACUGUUGGGGAUAUUGCUCAAGUGAAAUAUGGUGAUCUUCUCCCAGCUGAUGGUAUACUUAUUCAGGGUAAUGAUCUCAAAAUUGAUGAAAGCUCAUUGACUGGUGAAUCUGAUCAUGUUAAGAAAUCUUUAGAUAAGGACCCCUUACUCUUAUCAGGUACUCAUGUAAUGGAAGGCUCUGGAAGAAUGGUAGUUACAGCUGUAGGUGUUAAUUCUCAAACUGGAAUUAUCUUUACCUUACUUGGAGCUGGAGGUGAAGAAGAAGAAAAGAAAGAUGAAAAGAAAAAAGAAAAGAAAAAUAAGAAACAAGAUGGAGCUAUUGAGAAUCGCAACAAAGCAAAAGCCCAGGAUGGUGCAGCCAUGGAAAUGCAGCCUUUAAAGAGUGAAGAAGGUGGAGAUGGUGAUGAAAAAGACAAAAAGAAAGCAAAUUUGCCAAAAAAGGAAAAAUCUGUUUUACAAGGAAAACUUACAAAACUGGCUGUUCAGAUUGGGAAAGCAGGCCUGUUGAUGUCUGCCAUCACAGUUAUCAUUCUAGUAUUAUACUUUGUUAUCAAUACCUUCUGGGUUCAGAAGAGACAAUGGCUUGCUGAGUGCACACCAAUCUAUAUACAAUAUUUUGUUAAGUUCUUCAUUAUUGGAGUUACAGUUUUAGUGGUUGCAGUGCCAGAAGGUCUUCCACUUGCAGUUACUAUCUCACUAGCUUACUCAGUAAAGAAAAUGAUGAAAGACAAUAACUUAGUAAGACAUCUGGAUGCUUGUGAAACCAUGGGAAAUGCUACAGCUAUUUGUUCAGAUAAAACAGGAACAUUAACAAUGAACAGAAUGACAGUUGUUCAAGCUUACAUAAAUGAAAAGCAUUAUAAAAAGGUUCCUGAACCAGAAGCUAUUCCACCAAAUAUUUUGUCCUAUCUAGUAACAGGAAUUUCUGUGAAUUGUGCUUAUACAUCAAAAAUAUUGCCACCAGAGAAAGAGGGUGGAUUACCUCGUCAUGUUGGUAAUAAAACUGAAUGUGCCUUGUUGGGAUUUCUUUUGGAUUUAAAACGGGAUUACCAAGAUGUUAGAAAUGAAAUACCAGAAGAAGCACUGUACAAAGUCUACACCUUCAAUUCUGUUAGGAAAUCCAUGAGUACGGUCCUAAAAAAUUCAGAUGGAAGUUAUCGGAUAUUCAGCAAGGGUGCAUCUGAGAUAAUUCUGAAAAAGUGUUUCAAAAUCUUGAGUGCUAAUGGUGAGGCAAAAGUAUUCAGACCAAGGGACCGUGAUGAUAUUGUAAAAACUGUGAUUGAACCGAUGGCAUCAGAAGGCUUGAGAACUAUAUGUCUUGCAUUCAGAGAUUUUCCAGCAGGAGAACCAGAACCAGAGUGGGAUAAUGAAAAUGAUAUUGUCACUGGACUUACAUGCAUUGCUGUUGUGGGGAUUGAAGAUCCUGUGAGACCUGAGGUACCAGAUGCAAUAAAGAAAUGUCAAAGGGCUGGAAUUACUGUGCGAAUGGUUACUGGUGAUAAUAUUAAUACUGCCCGAGCUAUUGCUACCAAAUGUGGUAUAUUACAUCCUGGGGAAGAUUUCCUGUGUCUAGAAGGUAAAGAUUUUAACAGAAGAAUACGAAAUGAAAAAGGAGAGAUUGAGCAAGAGCGGAUAGACAAAAUUUGGCCAAAGCUUCGGGUACUCGCAAGAUCAUCUCCUACUGACAAACAUACACUGGUUAAAGGUAUUAUUGACAGCACUGUCUCAGAACAACGCCAGGUUGUAGCUGUAACUGGUGACGGUACAAAUGAUGGCCCAGCACUAAAGAAAGCAGAUGUUGGAUUUGCAAUGGGUAUUGCAGGAACUGAUGUAGCUAAAGAAGCAUCUGAUAUUAUCCUCACAGAUGACAACUUUACAAGCAUUGUUAAAGCUGUCAUGUGGGGACGAAAUGUGUAUGACAGCAUCUCAAAAUUCCUUCAGUUCCAGCUUACUGUUAAUGUUGUUGCAGUGAUUGUUGCUUUUACUGGAGCUUGUAUCACUCAAGAUUCACCACUUAAAGCUGUACAGAUGCUGUGGGUAAACCUCAUAAUGGAUACACUUGCAUCCCUGGCUCUGGCAACAGAACCACCCACUGAGUCUCUCUUGCUUCGAAAACCUUAUGGUAGAAAUAAGCCUCUCAUCUCACGCACAAUGAUGAAGAAUAUUUUGGGUCAUGCAUUCUAUCAGCUCGUCGUAGUUUUUACACUCUUAUUUGCUGGAGAAAAGUUUUUUGAUAUUGAUAGUGGAAGAAAUGCUCCUUUGCAUGCUCCUCCUUCAGAACAUUAUACUAUUGUUUUUAAUACCUUUGUGCUGAUGCAACUUUUCAAUGAAAUAAAUGCCCGGAAAAUUCAUGGUGAAAGAAAUGUGUUCGAAGGAAUCUUUAAUAAUGCCAUCUUCUGCACAAUUGUUUUAGGCACCUUUGUGGUACAGAUAAUAAUUGUGCAGUUUGGUGGAAAACCUUUCAGUUGUUCAGAACUUUCAGUAGAACAGUGGCUAUGGUCAAUAUUCCUGGGAAUGGGAACAUUACUCUGGGGCCAGCUUAUUUCAACAAUUCCAACUAGUCGCUUAAAAUUUCUAAAAGAAGCUGGUCAUGGAACACAAAAGGAAGAAAUACCUGAAGAGGAAUUAGCAGAGGAUGUUGAAGAGAUUGAUCAUGCCGAGAGGGAGUUGAGGCGUGGCCAGAUCUUGUGGUUUAGAGGUCUGAACAGAAUCCAGACACAGAUGGAUGUAGUGAAUGCUUUCCAGAGUGGAAGUUCCAUUCAGGGGGCUCUAAGGCGGCAACCCUCCAUCGCCAGCCAGCAUCAUGAUGUAACAAAUAUUUCUACCCCUACACAUAUUCGAGUGGUGAAUGCAUUUCGUAGUUCUUUAUAUGAAGGGUUAGAAAAACCAGAAUCAAGAAGUUCGAUUCACAACUUUAUGACACAUCCUGAGUUUAGGAUAGAAGAUUCAGAGCCUCAUAUCCCCCUUAUUGAUGACACUGAUGCUGAAGAUGAUGCUCCUACAAAACGUAACUCCAGUCCUCCACCCUCUCCUAACAAAAAUAACAACGCUGUUGACAGCGGAAUUCACCUUACAAUAGAAAUGAACAAGUCUGCUACCUCUUCAUCCCCAGGAAGCCCACUACAUAGUUUGGAAACAUCACUCUGAUUGUAAGCUGAAUGUUAACACACUAGCUGCAUUGUAAAGAAACAAAUUGAAACUGGGUCUUUUCACAUAUUGUGAUGGACAAGAUAGUAUUCUUGUCUUUGGACUUCAACAGAAGACACACUUGUACGAAUGUAGAUUUAUUUUUUUAAAAAAAAAAAAGCAAAGCUUUCUGCCAGACUGAGGGUGCUUUUUGUGGGGUGGGAGAAAUGAACUGACAGAUAAACAGUAACUCAGUAUAAGUGACCUGUGGAAUGGUCCUAAACAGUGUAUUAGCAGAACUUUAGUUUUUCUCAAUCCUUGAUGGGAGAGAGGGAGGAGUAAGCUGGGCAAGACAAAGAGCCCUGGAUCAUUGAAUUGAUACUUUCAUUUCUGCUGUUGGCUGUUAAUAAUUUGGAUUAUUUAUGUUUAUAAAUGAUACAGAUCUGUUUACAAGGUUUGUAGAUACUUUUUUUGUUCCUGUUCAUAGAUGGGAAGCUUCCUUAUAACUGAUGCAGAGAAAAAUUAGUCCUUCAAAUACUGCUGUAUUUUCAGGAAAAAAAGGGGGGUGGGUGUUUCUAUUGAAACUGUACUAAAUUUUUGCCUACAAUUUACCUUGUUAAAUAUUGUAGAUAAAUUGCUAAUACUAAUAGCCAAAUAGAUAACACUAAUGCUUUGUUUAAAAAAAGAAAACAAAACAAAAAAACAUGAGCAGUGGUGUUCUAAUAAAGUUAUGGCAUCUGUCCUAAUUAGUUUCUUAAAUACAUUUACUACUUAAUGGUUUUGAAACAACUGUUUAAUUUUUAAAAUUUUUGAAAACUUGCUAAUAACCUUUUGUUCAGAAUUUAGUAGAUUGUUUAAUGCAGGACAUCAACUACAUAAUGAAAGAUGCUUGAAAUGCUUUUGUUAUUUCAGGCAAAUCAAAUUAAAUCAAACUAUCAAACUACAAGAGAACCUUAGUCCUUUUUGUUUUUGUCUAAAUAUGUUAGUUUAGUGAUGUCUUGGUGAACUGUGAGUGAAUUGUAUUGAUUUUUCUAAUAAAUCCUUAGAAACCUUCAUACAGCAUGAGGGCUGUUGGCAUUUUGAAAAAGGUUAAUAAGUAGAAGCAUACAUGUUUUCCUUUCUUUUUGGAACUUGUUUGUAAACAUAAAUAAAUAUGCCCUUUUACUAAACAAGUACACGGCAAUGUUUUUUUAAAAAAGACAUUUCAGCUUCUUUCCUCAAUUCUGCAUAUAAUGGUGCAUCAGUCUUUUCUCUUUAAUCACAAUUGAAAUACAUUUCAAGAUGGUAACAGCCCCAUGAGGUACUGCUUUAAUUCCUUGUUGGUAAUCUAAUAGAAUCAGAAUACAAGAAUUACCACAAUUUGCCUAAAAUAUAAUCCCACAUUUUUACUUUUUAAUGUAAUGAUCAUCAUUGUCUUUUUAUUAAGUGGCCAAAUAACAGAUUAGGUAAAAUGAGAGUAUAUAAAAAGUAGAAAAGCUUCUAAACAAGUAUAUUUAGAUGUAACAGUCAACUAUUUUCUGGAAUGCCCAUUUCUAAACAAAUUAGAUUCUUUAAAAAUUGUUUUCUGUCCUGUCUACCUUUUCCUCCUGUUUUCCUCUUGUCUUUACCCUUUAAAAAUUGAUAUUGUAUCAGGGCCCACACUUCACCAGUUACACAAUCCUCAGGCUGACGUAACGUUUACGAGGACUACUACAUCCUAGAGUGCUGACCCAGAAGAGAAACAUUAGUUGAUGGUGCUUGAUAUUUUUGGUGGGUGGGGGAAAUCUUAUUCUCUCCAUCAGUUCUUUGCAGUAAUCCUCUGCAAGUCUUAGAAACACAAUGGCUCUGUCAGCAUUUAUCAUUGUACAUUUACUCAUCAGGUAUUUAUAGUGAUUCAUACUGUAAAAAAGAGGUAGCAUGAUAUGCUGGAAGCAUAUUUAGACUAGGAGUCAAGAUGUGAUUUCUAGUCUUGGUUUUUGCCAUUAAUGUGCUGCAUGAUCUUGGAGAAAUAGUUUACCUUAAAUGAGGUGGUGGACUAGACUCAUCUUGAAGAACCCUUUCAACUCUAAAAAUUGACCCUAUUAACUGAGGAAGCCUAUAAGGCAUAGGGAAUAGAGAAAAAGGGAAAUGUUUUCAGUUUUCUUUUUUAUUUUGGUUAUGCUUAAAUAUGAAUGUAAUUACCAAAAGAUUUAGAAGUGCAUGUGCUUUGGAGGAUUUGUAUUGAGCUUUUACAGUAUUCAUUUUCAACUCAAGGCAAUGGCUUUUUACACCAACUCUAAUCCAUAACCUGGUCCUAUGACAUCUAUAAAGUAGUAGCAAGACAUGCUUAGUGUGUAUUUCUCUCUUUGAGACACUGUAAUUUCUACCAGAAAUUUCCAGAGCAUUAUGUAAGUAGAAAAAAAAUGCAAGCAAAGCUGUUAAAAGAUCUCGGAUCCCAUUAUAUAGUAUGUAUAGCUGAAAUCAGCAUCUGUAAUUCACUUUUCCUCUUUUAUCCUCUAACCAAAAAAAAAAAAAAUUGUUUAAUUUUGCAUCCCAAAUGUUUUUAAUCUUUGUAUAUUUUUUAAAAAAUCCUUUUCUCCUCAUCAUUGCCUUUUUUGUGGUUGUAAAUAGACUUACUUGCACUUUGAAGAUGAGUUAUUCCUUGUCAUCUUACGAAUAUGUGAUAUGGUAAUUUUCAUAACAGAUGUCAGUUUUGAACCAAGAAAUGGUAAUUUGUUUAUAAGAAAAAAAACUGGCUUCAUUUCUGUGAAAUUGCUCUUUGAAAAUUUCUUUUUCCAUAUGUAAGCCAACUGAGAUACCAUGAUGGUGUUGAUUUCUUUUAAUGAUGCUUACCAUCUAUUUUAGCCACUGAGCCUUUUAUUAUUUGUCUAUUUGUAAAGUUUAUUUGUCUUAACUCAUUUAAUAAAUAUACUGUUUAUCUGUUUCUGAA